UGGACGCUAGCUAGGUGCACUCUCGGGACGUCCAGGGACGAGCCCCAAAGCGGGCCAAACGGGCUGCUCAGCCUCGGCAAGCGUGCGGGACACCUACGCGACUGCCAGAAGAGAGGCAUAAAGCGUCACUUGCCUCGCGCCUCGCGCCCUGCCCCCUGUCAAGGCAGUGCUCUGAGGCGCCAUGCGGUGCGCAUUCCUAGCGUUAUUGGCGUGCGUGGAGGGCUUCCAGCUGCCGCGGCGCAGCCAUGCGCUGCACACGCGCACCCUGAAAAUAGCCGCCGCCGCCGUCGCCGUGCCGGACCCCCCGAAACCGGGCCCGCUCGCGCUGAAACUCGGCGGCAAAUCCAUCAACUUGACGGGCCUCUGGUUCGGCGCGAGCAUGACGAUCUGGGUCAUCGCCCUGUACCCGCUCGUCCUGACCUGCGCGAUCACCUCGAGAUUAUUCGAUCCGAAAAAGCGCCGGCCGAUGGACUUCAUGGUCUGGCUCUGGGCGCGCUGUAGCAUGCUCACUUGCUUGUAUAGACCGAAGGUGACGGGCAAGGAGAACCUGCCGGAGAAGGGCGUGCCGGUGCUCAUCGUGCCGAACCACUGUUCUUAUCUAGAUAUCUUGACGCUGUCGGCGUUCAUGCCGCGGCCCUUCAAGUACAUCUCGAAGAUCGAGAUCCUGCGCAUUCCCUUCAUCGGAUGGGCCAUGGGCUUCGCCGGCCACAUCGCCCUGCGGCGGGCGGACCGCCGGUCGCAGCUCGAGACGUUCAAGGACACGGUCGAAUCCUUAAAGAACGGCAACUCGGUCGUGGCCUUUGCUGAAGGCACUAGGUCCGCGGACGGCACUUUACAAAAGUUCAAGCGGGGCCCCUUCAAGAUGGCGACGACCGCGGAGGUGGACGUCGUCCCGGUCGCGCUCUGCGACCUGCACAAGUGGCACCCGCCGUCGGCGCUCAUGCCCCUGGCCGUGCCCCGCGGCGUCGAGCUCAAGGUCCUGCCCACGAUCCCCACGGCCGGGAAGGCGCCCGACGACGUCAUGGCCGAGUGCCAGGCGGCCGUGAACGCCGCGCUGCCGGCGCACCAGCAGUCGCGCGCGAAGUGAGUUCAUGUUGGGGCGCGCGCCGACAAUUUAAACUACAUCUAUGAGUCGAA